UUGUUUUCCUUUUUUGAUUUUGGUUUUCUUCUCUCUUUAAUGAUUAGUUGAUUGUUUUAGUUAAUUUGUUUUUUUAUUGUUUUGUGUAGAAUGUUAAGACAAUUACAUCAGCCCUGUAUUAGAAUAUCUUGUUACAAACAGGUUACAAUUGUUUCUUUUAGGGAGAAAAGCAAAUUCCGAGGUAAAAAGGAUAAAAAUUUUGAUACAGUUAAAUGGCAAUAUAAUAAUGUCCCUUUGCAGCCCCAUGAUGAUUUUGAACCAGAUGAAUGGUCACCUAGAAGAUUAACUUAUUAUCCUGAUGGAUUAUGGUCUUCACUUGUACCCCGACCUAAACCUGCCUGGUGGGUUGAUAGACACAAACCAUUAACCAUUGAAACACUUAAUCCACCGGAAAAAGAGUGGAAUGAUGUUGCUGUUUAUCCAGAGAUUGUUAAAGACUCAGAGAUUAGUCAUUUCUUUAAAACAUCUUACUUAAAUCGAACCAAAUGGUAUAAAGAAUUGGCCGCUAUUCCUUCAGCUGAUGAGAAAAACAAAGCUUUAACCAAUAUCACUCGACAAUCGUUACACUUUGAUAAACCUUUUUUCAAUUUUUUCGGUGGACUUGAGGCUGCUCAAAAUUUAACCCAAACUCACCUGAUUGAUGGAAAGCUACCUGAUUCUUAUAAAUUCAGUGAUGAAGAUGAAAAUAUGGUUAAUAGAUUGACACCAAUUCUAUUAGAUAUCAUUAGAGUAAAUAAUAAUGAGUCAAUCAGAGGGAUAACUAAUAAAAAUCCUCUCGCAUCAAAAGUCGCCCCUGAACAUUAUCAAGAUCGUAUCAAAGAACUGAAUUUACUUCAAGAAGUUAAUAAUCUAAUUCUAAGUGCUCUCUCUCCAAAUUCACCACAUUUAAUAGAUUUACAGGUUGAUAUUGAUAGUCGAGUUCGAUCAUGGUGGUAUGCAUCUCAACUUCCUUUGCCCCCAAAGAAAGUUCCCCUUUGGAGAGAGAAAGAAUACAAAAAAAUCGACCAAGUUUGUACCUACGAUAGUGUUAUUCCACUUUCAAUUCGGACAUCGAAGCCUCUUUCAAGAGUUGUCUCUGGUUCUGAUGUUUUAAGCUCAACAGCUUCGAUUCCUGAGUUAACCUUUCACCCUUACAAGUUUGGUGCACCAUUGAGGGAUCGUUAUCUUCCUUCACUACCCGGUUUUUGGCCUGUAAAAAAUUUUGACCCUUCUACCGAUGAACAAGAUGAUUUCCCUUUUUUGUCAAUGUUUGGUUUACAUGAUCUUGCCUCACGAAAAAAUAUCAAUUAUGGUCAAGAUUUUAAGGACGAUGAAGAUAUAGUUAAAUGUAAAGCAAUCAUUGGUUCAUUUUCUUGGUUAAAUGGAUUAGCCUUUUAUCAUGGAUUUACACCUUUCCAUGAAAUAACUUAUCCAUUUGUUAAUCAAGGGCUAGUCACUGAUGGUCAAAAGUGGCAUUUCUUUGUUUACCAAAUGAACGCUCACACUUUCCAUAGUGAUAUAUUUGAAGGAAUUGGUCCGAAAAAUAUUUGCUGGAUUUCACCUGAGAUUAAAUUGUACGAAUCUUAUGAAAAUGGACAAUUCACAGGUAUCAAUAAUGAUGUUAUUCGAUAUCUAAUUAAGAUGUAUUCUCAAGUUCCAAGAAAAGAAUUGGAUAUCAACUAUCGUCCACUAAUUGGCAAAGAUGAGAGAACACAAGAAGAAAUAGAAUCAACUCGCAAAAUUUUAGGAUUUCGAGCAAACAAUAAACAUUCUAAACAAAUGUGGUCAUAUAAAUUUGCUCGUUAUCCACAAUUGUACCAUAGAAUUUUCGUUGAUAAUCCAGAUUAUGAAUCCAGAAUGAUGAGAAUAGGACUUCGUCCUCGAUUGAUACCUGCCGAAGAUUAUUAUUACCAAUGGAAAUACUAAAAAAGAGUAGCAAAGAAAAGUUCUCAUAAUUUUACCCAAACAAAUGUAAAUGAUUAAAUUGAAGAAAUAGAUUUGCUCGCACUUCUAAUUCACAAUUAGACUAAAUUAAACAAAAAUCUAAUAAACUUUAGGAGAUUUGUAACAAUA